AUGCACAAUUACAACGUCGAUCAUAAAUAUAAAUUCUAGACCCGUAUUGGAAAUUGGUUUGAAGAAUGGGAAUUGGAUGAAACAAAGUGAUAAAUUGUGCAUAAAUUAUAUAGGAAAAAAGACUAUUUAAAAAAUAGAUAAAAUGGAUAACUGGCAAGCAUUGUGAAGGAUACAAAGACAAAUUUCAGUUUAAGAUUGGCAUCUCUAACAUUUCCAUAAGAUGAUUACAUUCAUUUUGGUUUUCAUUUGAUGCUUUAAAAUCUAAAGACUUAAGGAUUUCUAUCUAUUGAUAUAUAAGAGAAAUUGAAAAUAGAAGAAGAAGCAUACAAUAUUACAACUGCAUCAACUUCACAACCUACAGUAAGAUCAGUUUUUGUUAUAAUUCCUUAUACUAAAGAACCAAAUUAUUAUGGAGAUGAUGUAUUACAUUAUGGAUAGCAUUUCAGAAUUGUAGCAAAUCCUAGAAUAUCUAAUAAUAAAACAUUCUAUCUUCAUUCACUUCCACAAACACCAACUAGAUGUGCUAAGAUAUCUAGAAAAUAAGAAGUAUGUGCAAUAGAGAGUGAUGUAUUUAAUACAGUAUGGAAAUUUGAACAUGCAGAUCCAAAAAUAAGAUUUGAAAUGGAAGGAUAACCAGUUAGAUCAGAUGAUACAGUUUUAAUUAAACAUUCUUUUACUUAACAUUGGUUAGCUAGUGAUGAUAUUAUAUAUUAAAAUGAUUUUGGAAGAGAAAGAGAAGUUUUUGUGCAUUCUUAUUAAUGCUUAAAUAAAACAUAAAAUUUAAUAGCUGAAAAGGAAGGGAGAACAACCAUCGAUAUUCCUUUAAGAAAUUAAGAGUAAUAUAAAUAUUUAAUUAUAAUAGACCAUAAAAUUUAUGGAAAUUUUAAGUGGCUAGAAAAUAAAAUGAGUAAUUUGAUGAAUCUGUAAUGGAUGACAAUAGAAAUGUUAAGAAUUUAAUGAUAAGAGUAAAAUAAUAAAUUACAAGCAAAGGAUCCUAUGGAUUAAGAGGAUUGGCUAAAAUAUUUAUGGAAAUGGAUUAAAAUAAUAGUUAUAUUAUAUAUUAUAUAUUUUAGAUGGUGUAGUUGAAUAUAAUGAUUUUAAAUGGGGAUUAAGGAAUUUUGGAUUGAAUUUAUCAGAAGAUGAAACUAAAAUGAUUUUCUAAACAUUUGAUAAAAAUGGUAAUGGCAAAAUAGAAUUCAAUGAAUUUUUGGAUGCUUUCAGAGUAUUUCUAUAAUCUAAUUAUAUUAGUCAUAAAUGAGUGAUAAAAGACUGUAUUAUGUAUAAAGAGCCUAUGCAUCUAUUGAAUAAAAGGCAGGCAAAGUAACUCUGGAGACUAUGGGUAGAUUGAUUAACGUAAAGGAACAUCCAGAUGUUUUAAAAGGAUAUAAAACUGAAAGGCAAGUAUUCUAGGAUUUUGUAUCUCAUUGGAAUAAAGCAAAUCCUGAUAGAGUGAUUUCAUUUUAAGAAUUUGGAGAGUUUUAUUAAGUAUAAAUAUUAUAUAUAUUGUUUAGGAUGUUUCAUCUUCUGUGUAGUAGGAUGAGACUUUUGAGGCUAUUUUAAAGAAAUUAUGGAAUUUAUGAU